AUGAACGCUCUGCGGUAUCUCCUGCGUGGUAACCCCCUCCAUGCCAGCCGCGACGAGACACAAGGCUGGCGUCUCGUAUGCCGUCGCUCAUCCACCUUCGUGGCCGCAUUCAACGCUAAAGAUGCCACUGCCGCCGCUUCUCGUCCCGGUCAGGAUAAGAAGGUCUCUUCGCAACCAUCGCCGCCAGACCCCAUCGCUCCAGCAGUUACAUUCUGGCUACAUGCCGGAGACAUGCCACAGAACAUCAAGCACGCCAUAGCUGACUAUACGCAUCCCGACCAGAGCAUGCUCUAUCCUUACCUCGUCGUCGUCCUACAUGACGACUCUACAAACCUCGAUACAGCCGGCGCCGCACGCCACCAUGACCUUCAGGCAGGCGUGAUCCGCGGCCUUCGGGACCGUCUUGCGCUACGGACCUACGCCGACCGGAAGGAUGGGAACGGCAAGUUGAAGAAGGCCGCCAUCUACAUCUUCGCCGCAUUACUCACGCCGCGCGAGUUUGAGAUAUGGAGCUUCUGCCUCGACGGCGACGAGACGGACCCUGUUUCUAUUCCUGUCCCCAAACGCAACCUUUUCGAUGAUCAAGGUGACAGUGGCUCUAGCAGGUACGACAUGUCUGCUCGUACAUUCUCGAACCUCCCAAGCGCCGCCAGCGACGUCACAAACUCUUCAGCCCCCUCCUCCGUCCAACGCCGCAACCCAGGCCAGCCAUCCAGCCACGCCCGCCCGCCCUCCACAUCCUGCCGCCGCAGCCGCAGUCGUGUCCGAAACGACGCUCGCCACGGCGAGGACAAAGAGGCUGCCGACAGCAGGGCCGACGGCCGCGCUGCGUCUGGCUCCACGCACAGAUUCGUGGCUGCGCGGCUGGCGCGCGGCAACCACGUCAACGAAGCGGGCGCCAACCUCCCGACGCUGGUAGCCUGGCUGAAUACGAUUCAUUUCUGGGCGGCGACGACGCAUGGGCCCGCGGUGGCGGAGGAUUUGGAGGCGUGUGUGAAAGAGGAUAGGGAGGAUAUGGAGGACCACGUCUGGAAGAUGACGAGUUGA